GCGGCGGUCCGCGCCGGCGGCCACCACUCCCCGGAGCCCCUCCCGUCAGAGGGACUGCCCGCAAGCCCGAGAACCACCGGCCCCGAGCCACUGUGCUUGCGGAACAUACCAAGACGACAUUCCGCCGGAAUGCCACGUCCAUCCCGAGACCAGCACCCCUUCCGAGCCGAAGACAACGAAGAAACGAGAGCUUUUAAUAACGCAGAGUGACACUGAUUUCCAACUGCCUGUGAAACUAAAGGCUGGAGUGGAAGCAGACGUGUACAUUGGCUACGAAGAAAACACCCUAUCCAAAACCCACCGAACAGAACCGCCAACGGAAUUGAACUACCUUUGUUUUGACUGCGAGGCCGAAAGGGCACAACACGCAGAUGGAAUUGACUCGCAGAACGUCUUUUUGACUGAACCAAGGGAAAGUGGUUGUGACUUUAGAGUAAUUGUCAACAGAGGAAACCAAAGCAAAUGUAUGUUAUCGAAUAAAGAGCACUUAACUAAGAUAUUGAAUGUUCACGCAGGAGAAAACUUAGUUGAAACUGCAUUGAAUACUGGGAGUGCAAAUCCAAUGGUUGGAUGGUGUAAAAGAAUUGAAGGGAUACAUAUAUCUUCAACUGUAUACAAACACGAACCCCCAGAAAAUAUGGAAUCAAUAGAUUAUAUAGUAAAACCUAAUAAAGUGAACUAUCUAGCAAGUCUUAAUCCACUGCCAACGACUAUCAACCAUCAGGAUUUGUAUCAUGUUACUGAUAACGAAGUGAACGCAAAUGCAUUAUCAACCAUAAAAGAUUUCACGCAAAAAUAUGGCGAGUUCUUGUAUUGUAAAGUAAAAGUGAAUCCCCAAAUGACAAUUAGUAGGAGCUUUCUUUUGGAAAUGAGUAUUAUGAUAACCAAGAUACAAAAAAUUUUACCAAACAACGAUCACUGCAAAUAUUUGAUGAAAAACUUAAAUCAAACUAAUAAACAUUUCAUACGUUUCAUUUUGAGACACAGGUCUCGACUGUCACUACACGCACAGACUACACACACCAACAAUAGCGUACAGUCAGAAUUGUCUGCCAAGAGAUGCAAGAAACGCAGAUUCGUGCCAAAAAUUUUGAGAAAUGGAAAAGGCACGGAAACAAACCAUCUAACAUUUGAGGACACGAAACUGAAGACGUCUCUCAGCGCUGACCAGUGCGCUACGAUAUCUUCCGAGCUUACCUUCCUAGCGGCUCGUGCGAAAAUUAAAUCACGAAGUAGAUGGCGUUCGAGAAGUAACGUUAACGCAGGCGUGAUUGCAAACACUAUGGAGCGAGGUCAAGACGAAGUCAUUCCGGGUCAGCUGGUGGUCAGCAGAGCAUUCACCCCUGCGAUCCUCGACGUUAAAUUGAGUGGGAAAGAUAGAAAGCUCUCCCGAACAGUGUCGAAACCACCAGAGGAGACACGGUUCGCCAACGAGGCUGGCCAAGUAAACACGCGUGGGAAAGCUAACGACAGGCACGGGAGGAAAACUCAAGUGAGGCCACAGAAUAGUUCCAGAGGAAGAGCUGAGACAAGCUCCGUCGCGCCCACGAGAACACCCCGAGGCGUCAAAGGAGGCGCUGAGCCGACCUCCAGAAGGAGUCCAGGACAGCCGUGCAGACCUCAGGGAGGUCGAGCCACGCCGCUUUUACCUGCUCGGAGGACUUUGAGAACGAGACCAAGCCACUUUUUCCGGCUGUUCUACUUGUGCACCCUGAGGGAAGCCCUUAUUAGCCCCGAACUGCAGGAGAAGCAAAAGUCUGUAGCGAAGAACAUGAAGAUGAUAAAGAGCCACAGUGAACCUAAACUUGGUCCCUGUCUCAGCCAGCUGCCAGAUUGCUGUAGAGUCCACCCAAGCCUAUCAGAAGGUCCUCCUGGACAGAACAGACAGGCUGGUCUCAAGGUGGGUCAUCGCACGAGACUGACAGCACAGUUGUCUGGGGAGCGGAGCUCCGGAGACGCAGGCUCAAAAGAACGUGACUGCACAGGUCCGCCACUAUGUGAACAAGAUAUCUCAGGUGUACCAAAGAGGACCAAAUCCCUGGACUUACAGACGAAGUCACCACAACCCACUGGAGGAAGGCACGUUUUCCCCGAAGUGCGAGGUAACGAGACAUGCAAGGAUCUACCUGAAAGAAACUCCGCUGUCAACCAGGAAUCGGUUCGGUUCUUCGUCGGUUCGGAGGAUGGUUCAAAACAAACUAGUGAUGAAUCGUCACAACCUCCUCUGAACUGCUGUGCUGAGAUGCUGAGCAUCGAGCGUCAUGACGCACCAGAGCAAGGGACUCCAUGUCGAGCAGGAGAACCAGUCAGCUCGGAAAGCGAGAGAGACCAGUCUUCAGACAAGAAGGCCUCGAGGAUGACGACAACAGGAAUUGACGUUGAAACUGGAAAUGUAACAGCGACCGCACCUGAUCAACCGGAGUCUCUUGAAGAAAACUUAACUACACUGCUAGCUGUGAAGGAGACGGAUACAAAACAGCUUGAUGUGAGUUGCGGUAAUGAUGUACUUGAAAGAAACGACAAGGAGAUACUAACGGGCACAUCGGUUGGCAUCCAGGUGGGAGGCUUGGAACCAGCCAUGGCUCAGGAGAAUUACCAGGAUGCAAGGCUCGAGGCAGAAGCUGGUGGCUGCUCGGCGCAGGAGGUGGUGCAGGGACUCCUGCUGGAGCUGGUGGCCAGCGUGUGCCAGGAAGUCUCCAGCCCGCUCCAGGAGAGGGCUCGCGCCAGAGGAGCCGUGAGGAAGAUGCUGGAGCAGUACCUGAGCGGCGCGGACCCCGAGUCGCCCGAACUGCCCGAGCUGGCGGACCGCCGUGCGCGCAGCUGCGAGAUCAGGACCCUCCCCAGGGGCGUGGUGAGGGAGCGCCGGGAGAUGUUCGCCAGGAUGAGGGUGUUCGAGGUCUGCUCGGAGGGCGGCCGGUCCCUCGGGGGAGGCCCUGAAGUCCCGAGACCCCCCAGCGCGCGGCAAGUGCCCCUUGCAGACGCUCUGGUGCCCGCGAGCCCAGCGGCGCCUCUCGUCGGGCACACGAGCCAUCUGGCGCCCGACACCUGCACUACGAGCUUCCCCACUCUUCUGCUGGUGCUGGUGCUCUGCUCCGUGCUCAAGAUAGUCUCUAACAUUCUCACCGACAAUUUGUAACCAGCACAUCCCCGCGCUUGCGAUGCUAAAUUUCCAAUUGUAAGAGUCCAUAGUGUUUCACCACCGAGUUGCAUACUGUGACAUGUUUGUUUUAAAUAAAAGUGUGACGUAUUCUUGUUUACAAUGA